AUGAAGCAGGAGCAGGUCGUGCAUGUCCCCAAGGUGAUGGUGCAGAAGCGCCAGAUGCAUCAGCACGUUGAGCAGCUUGUGGAGGUCCCGGUGCCCAUGACGCAGGAGGAGGUCGUGCACGUCCCCGAGAUCAUCGCCCAGACCCGUGUGCAGCAAGAGCACGUGGAGCAGAUGGUUGAGGUGCCGAUCCCCAUGCAGCAGGAGGAGAUCGUGCAUGUGCCCGAGAUCGUGACGCAGCCCCGCAUCGUGCAUCAGCCAGUUGAGCAGAUCGUUGAGGUGCCCGUCCCCAUGACACAGGAGGAGCAGGUCCACGUGCCCAAGGUCAUUAAACAGACCCGCAUUCGUCACCAGCCUGUGGAGCAGAUCGUGGAGGUCCCGGUUCCUAUGACGCAAGAGGAGCAGGUCCACGUAGCCAAGAUCAUCACCCAGACUCGAGUGAUGCACCAGCAAGUCGAGCAGGUGGUCGAGGCGGAGUCUUUCUUGUGA